UGGCUGCGGAGGACCCCCGGCCAGCGCCCGCGCCCGCCCCCUCCCUGCAGCCCGCCCCCCUGGGGCCGGGUGCGCGGCGGAGAACUGCGGUUUGCGCGCACCGGGAGCGGCAGCAGAAGUUCGAAAAUCGCCGAGGGGGGAGCCCGCGCCGCAGCUUCCUGCCCCCGGCCCAGCCCUCUGGCCCCGGCCGCCUGCAGCCCGACUUCCUCCCCGAGCUUCGCUCGUCGCCCGCUCCCUCGGACGGGGCCGCCGCGAUGGGACGCCGCACCCCGGCCCCUGCGCGCCGCUGAGCCGAGAGACGCCGAGCCCAGCCCCGCCACCCGCCACUGCCCUUCGCCCCCGGCUCCGGGAGCCUAGUCCGCGACCCCUUGGGAAAACUGGAUCUCCGAGGCUGGAGGCGCCUGGCCGGCUGGGUGGGGACCACCAUGGGCAACGCGGCCGGCAGCGCCGAGCAGCCCGCGGGCCCCACCGCCUCGCCCCCGAAGCAGCCAGCCGCUCCCAAGCAGCCGAUGCCGGCGGCUGGAGAGCUGGAGGAGAGGUUCACGCGGGUCUUGAACUGUAUGAACUUGCCUCCAGACAAGGUCCAGCUGCUGAGCCAGUAUGACAAUGAGAAGAAGUGGGAACUCAUCUGUGACCAGGAGCGGUUUCAAGUCAAGAAUCCCCCCGCAGCCUACAUUCAGAAGCUGAAGAGCUACCUGGAUACUGGUGGGGUCAGCCGAAAGGUAGCAGCUGAUUGGAUGUCCAAUCUGGGGUUUAAGAGGCGAGUUCAGGAGUCUACGCAGGUGCUUCGGGAACUGGAAACUUCCCUGAGGACAAACCACAUUGGGUGGGUGCAGGAGUUUCUCAAUGAAGAGAACCGUGGCCUGGAUGUCCUGCUUGAGUACCUGGCCUUCGCUCAAUGCUCUGUCACGUAUGACAUGGAAAGUACAGACAAUGUGGCCUCAAGUGCAGAGAAGAGCAAGCCCCUGGAUCAGUCCGUGGAAGACCUCACCAAGGCACCACCCUCAUCUGUGCCCAAAAGUCGCCUGACCAUCAAGUGCCCCCCUUCUCCCCGGCUGACACCGGCCCACAGUAGGAAGGCCCUGAGGAAUUCCCGAAUCGUCAGCCAGAAGGAUGAUGUCCAUGUGUGCAUCAUGUGUCUGAGAGCCAUCAUGAACUACCAGUCCGGCUUCAGCCUUGUUAUGAACCACCCAGCCUGUGUCAACGAGAUCGCUCUGAGCCUUAACAACAAGAACCCCAGAACCAAGGCUUUGGUGCUGGAGCUGCUGGCAGCCGUGUGCCUGGUGCGGGGAGGACACGACAUCAUUCUUGCAGCCUUUAACAACUUCAAGGAGGUGUGCGGAGAGCAGCACCGUUUUGAAAAGCUGAUGGAAUAUUUCCGGAAUGAAGACAGUAACAUUGACUUCAUGGUGGCCUGCAUGCAGUUCAUCAACAUCGUGGUACACUCAGUGGAGAACAUGAACUUCCGUGUCUUCUUGCAAUAUGAAUUCACCCACCUGGGCCUGGACCUGUACUUGGAGAGGCUCCGGCUCACCGAGAGUGACAAGCUGCAGGUGCAGAUCCAGGCGUACCUGGACAACGUUUUUGAUGUGGGAACCCUGCUGGAGGACACAGAGACUAAGAAUGCAGUGCUGGAGCACAUGGAAGAGCUGCAGGAGCAGGUGGCACUGCUGACAGAGCGGCUUCGGGACGCAGAGAACGACUCCAUGGCCAAGAUCGCUGAACUGGAGAAGCAGCUAAGCCAGGCCCGCAAGGAAUUGGAGACCCUGAGGGAGCGUUUCAGCGAGUCAAACCCCAUGGGCACUGCCAGACGUAUCCCUGAGCCUGAGAAAGUGCCUGCCCCUGCCGUGGUGCGACCUUCAGCUCUCGAGCUUAAAGUGGAGGAGCUUGAGGAAAAGGGGUUAAUCCGAAUCCUGCGGGGGCCCGGGGAUGUCGUCUCCAUCGAGAUCCUUCCAGGAGCGGUGGCGACACCCAGUGGUGACAGCGCACCAACUCCGGGGGUGCCCACUGACUCUCCUAGCCCAGCAGAGUCGGUUCCCGGAGCAGCAUCACCACCGCCGCCGCCGCCACCACCACCCCCGCCACCCCCACUACCUAACCUCCAGUCCCCGCAGGAAGCCCUUCCCUCUGCACCCCCGCCGGCCCCGCCCCUCCCAGGCUGCGCAGAGCCUCCACCUGCACCACCGUUGCCUGGAGACCUGCCGCCCCCACCCCCUCCACCCCCACUUGGUACUGAUGGGCCAGUACCACCCCCACCCCCACCCCCUCCGGGAGGGCCUCCUGAUAUCCUUGGAGGACAAGGCCCAGAGAUAGGCCCAGGGGUGAAAGCCAAGAAACCCAUCCAGACCAAAUUCCGGAUGCCACUGCUGAACUGGGUGGCAUUGAAACCCAGCCAGAUCACAGGCACCGUCUUCACUGAGCUCAAUGAUGAGAAAGUGUUGCAGGAGCUAGACAUGAAUGACUUUGAGGAGCAGUUCAAGACCAAAUCUCAAGGCCCCAGCCUGGACCUCAGCACUCUGAAGGGGAAGGCAGCCCACAAAGCUCCCACCAAGGCAACACUCAUUGAGGCCAACCGGGCCAAGAAUUUGGCCAUCACCCUGCGCAAGGGCAACCUAGGGGCAGACAGAAUCUGCCAGGCCAUUGAGACGUAUGACCUUCAGACUCUCAGCCUGAUUUCUUGGAGCUGA